GCUGCGCAGCUCUCGAAGAAAGAGGAUGCCUAUCCCGCCGACGCCUUCUCAUUACCACGCCGGACUCUGUUCAUCGCGAGUGUAUGCAUGUCCAUGUUCAUCAACCAACUUGGAUUGUGCAACACCCUGACCACGCUGUCCAUAAUCGGAGACUCCUUUGGAAUCAGCAACCCAGGCACGUUGUCAUGGUUCAUGGCUGGUUACAGCUUGACGAUUGGCACGUUCAUCCUCAUAGGUGGACGCCUUGGCGAUGAGUUUGGCAACAAAAAGAUGUUUGUCUUAGGCAUGAGCUGGCUUUCUCUGUGGAGCAUGGUGGCAGGACUCUCCGUCUACUCUAAUCAUGUGCUUUACGUCUUUGCUCGCGUCUUCCAGGGCAUGGGUCCGGCCUUGACGCUGCCCAACGCACUCGGCAUUUUUGGCAAGUCUUUCUCCGAGGGACCUCGAAACAUGGCAUUCGCAUGGUUCGCCGCGUCGGCGCCCUUUGGCGCCAUGGCAGGCUUUGUGUUUGGCCCCCUCUUUGCUAUGGCAUGGUGGCCGUGGAUAUACUGGAGCCAGGCAAUCGCUGUUGCGUUGGUGGCCGUCUUUGCUGCCUGGACAAUUCCAGACCUGCUUUUGCAGGAGGAGGAGCGGAACCUGACAAUGUCUCAAAAGGCGGAUCGUCUGGAUCUUCCUGGAGGAGCAACCGGCGUGCUGGCUCUGGUCUUGUUCAACUUCGCGUGGAACCAAGCUGUGGUUGUUACUUGGAGGGAGCCCUACGUGUAUGUGUGCCUGAUCCUCAGCUUCAUCUUUGGCUCUUUAUUCUUCUACAUCGAAAUCCGCCGUGCACGCCAUCCGAUCUUGCCCGUUUCUGCAUUCACUGUGGACAUAACCUUUGUUUUCGCAUGCACGGCAGCUGGCUGGGCCACGUUUGGCAUAUGGCUCCUCUACGUUGUGCAAGUAUGCCUCAAUAUAGGCGAGCAAACUCCUAUUCAACUAGCCGCAUGGUUUGCUCCUAUCCUCGUCACCGGAGUAGCUUCAGCUUUGACUGUCGGCAAAAUCAUCGGCAGGGUUCCUGCUGCAUAUAUCAUGGCAGUUGGACAGGUCGCAUUCCUGGUCACAUCCAUUCUUCAAGCCCUUCGGCCCCCGGACUCGAUUUAUUGGACUUAUUUCUUCUUUGCUACCAUCAUUGCGACCAUCGGAAUGGACACAUCGUUACCCGCCGCCAUCAUGAUCUUCUCGAGCACAGUAGCCCGGGAAUACCAAGGCAUGGGAGCUAGUAUAGUCAUGACUCUUGUCAACUACAGCAUAUCACUCGGACUUGGUUUUGCCGGCACCAUCGAAACGAACAUUAAUCAUGGCGGACAAACUAAAGCAGACUUGCUUCAUGGUUAUCGAGGUGCUCUGUGGUUCUCUGUCGGCCUGACCGGGCUCGGAACUAUUCUGAGUCUCAUUUACUUGUUCAAAACCCAGUUCAGACAAAAGUCGAAUGGUGACCAGUAG